AUGUCCCCCCUUUAUGGCAGUUUGAAACGUGCCCUCGGAUCUUCCCAAGUCGAACGGAAGUUGCUCACUGACGAAAAUGCUUCCCCGCACCCUUCGCCCUGCUUCUCCCCACCCUCCUCCCUGCUUCCCCCCAUCCUCUGCCCUGCUUCCCCCAAUCCUCACCCCUGCUUCUCCCCACCCUCUGCCCUGCCUCCCCCCACCCUCCGCCCUGCUUUCCCCCACCCUCCGUCCUGCUUCCCCCCACCCUCCGCCCUGCGUCUCCCCACCCUCCGCCCUUCUUCUCCCCAUCCUUCGCCCUGGUUCCCAACACUCUCCGCCCUGCUUCCCCCCACCCUCCGCCCUGCUUUCCCCCUCCCGCUGCCCUGCUUCCCCCAUCCUCCGCCCUGCCGCCCUCUGCCCUGCUCCCCCCACCCUCCGUCCUGCUUCCCCCCGCCCUCUGCCCUGCUUCCCGCCUCCCUCCGGCCUGCUUCCCCCCACCCUUCGCCCUGCUUCCCCCCGCCCUCUGCCCUGCUUCCCCCCUCCCUCCGCCCUGCUUCCCCCCACCCAUCGCCCUGCCUCCCCCCACCCUCCGCCCUGCUUCCCCCCACCCUCCGCCCUGCUUCCUUCCACCCUCCGCCCUGCUUCCCCCCACCCUCCGCCCUGCCUCCCACCACCCUGCGCCCUGCUUCCCCCCACCCUCCGCCCUGCUUCCCCCCACCCUCUGCCCUGCUUCUCCUCACCCUCCGCCCUGCUUCCCCCCACCCUCCGCCCUGCUUCCCCCAACCCUCCGCCCUGCUUCCCCCGUCCUACGCCCUGCUUCCCCCCGCCCUCCGCCCUGCUUCCCCUUGCCCUCCGCCCUACUUCCCCCCGCCCUCCGCCCUGCUUCUCCCCGCCCUCUACCCUGCUUCCCCCCUCCCUCCGCCCUGCUUCCCCCCACCCUUCGCCCUGCUUCCCCCCACCCUCCGCCAUGCUUCCCCCCACCCUCCGCCCUGCUUCCUUCCAACCUCCGCCCUGCUUCUCCCCACCCUCUGCCUUGCUUCCCCCAACCCUCCGCUCUGCUUCCCCUCGCCCUCUGCCCUGCUUCCCCCCGCCCUGCGCCCUGCUUCCCUCCGCCCUCCGCCCUGCUUCCCCCCGCCCUCUUCCCUGCUUCCCCCCUCCCUCCGCCCUGCUUCCCCCCACCCUCCGCCCUGCCUCCUUCCACCCUCCACCCUGCUUCCCGCCACCCUCCGUCCUGCUUCCCCCAACCCUCUGCCCUGCGUCCCCCCACCCUCCGCCCUUCUUCUCCCCAUCCUUCGCCCUGCUUCCCCCCAUCCUUCGCCCUGCUUCCCCCCACCCUCCGCCCUGCUUCCCCCACCCUCCGCCUGCUUUCCCCCUCCCCCCGCCCUGCUUCCCCCAUCCUCCGUCCUGCCGCCCUCUGCCCUGCUUCCCCCCCCCCCCCCUCCGCCUUGCUUCCCCCCACCCUCUGCCCUGCUUCCUUCCACCCUCCGCCCUGCUUCCCCCCACCCUCCGCCCUGCCUCCCCCCACCCUGCGCCCUGCUUCCCCCCACCCUCCGCCCUGCUUCCCCCCACCCUUCGCCCCGCUCCUCCCCACCCUCCGCCCUGCUUCCCCCCGCCCUCUGCCUUGCUUCCCCCAACCCUCCGCCCUGCUUCCCCCGUCCUCCGCCCUGCUUCCCCCUGCCCUCCGCCCUGCUUCCCCCCGCCGUCCGCACUGCUUCCCCCCGCCCUCCGCCCUGCUUCCCCCCGCCCUCUGCCUGCUUCCCCCCGCCCUUCGCCCUGCUUCCCCCCACCCUCUGCCCUACUUCCCCCAUCCCUCCGCCCUGCUUCCCCCCACCCUCCGCCCUGCCUCCCCCCACCCUCCGCCCUGCUUCCCCCCACCUUCCGUCCUUCUUCCCCCCACCCUACGCCCUGCGUCCCCCCACCCUCCGCCCUUUCUCCCCAUCCUUCGCCCUGCUUCCCCCGACCCUUCGCCCUGCUUCCCCCCACCCUCCGCCCUGCUUCCCCCCUCCCUCCGCCCUGCUUUCCCCGUCCCCCCGCCCUGCUUCCCCCAUCCUCCGCCCUGCCGCCCUCUGCCCUGCUUCCCUCCGCCCUCCGCCCUGCUCCCCCCCUGCCCUCCGCCCUGCUUCACCCCCCCCUCUCCGCCUUGCUUCCCCCCACCCGCCGCCCUGCUUCCCCCCGCCCUCCGCCCUGCUUCCCCCCACCCUCCGCCCUGGUUCCCCCCACCCUCCGCCCUGCUUCCUUCCACCCUGCGCCCUGCUUCCCCCCACCCUCCGCCCUGCCUCCCCCCACCCUGCGCCCUGCUUCCCCCCACCCUACGCCCUGCUUCCCCCCACCCUCCGCCCUGCUUCUCCCCACCCUCCGCCCUGCUUCCCCCCACCCUCUGCCUUGCUUCCACCAACCCUCCGCCCUGCUUCCCCCGUCCUCCGCGCUGCUUCCCCCCGCCCUCCGCCCUGCUUCCACCCGCCGUCCGCCCUGCUUCCCCCGGCCCUCCGCCCUGCUUCCCCCCGCCCUCCGCCCUGCUUCUCCCCGCCCUGCGCCCUGCUUCCCUCCGCCCUCUGCCCUGCUUCCCCCCGCCCUCUGCCCUGCUUCCUCCCUCCCUCCGCCCUGCUUCCCCCCACCCUCCGCCCUGCUUCCCCCCACCCUCCGCCCUGCUUCCCCCCCACCCUUCGCCCUGCUUUCCCCCAACCUCCGCCCUGCUUCCCCCCACCCUCCGCCCUGUCAACGGGAGUUGUAUUUGGCCCCGUCCUCGCUUGGGCGGAGCCGACCGUGGGAGCCACGAAAUUGUAG